AUCCUUCUCCUUCUUCAAUAUCGAAUCAAGAGUUUCUUCGAAAUCCAGUUUUUUUUUUUUGUUUUACAGGACCAAUGCCGAUUUCGUCCCCUUGUUUCUCGGUUGCUAAUCCGAUUGCUUGUUUUCCGGCAUCCGCGUUUCAUCCUCAUCGAUUUUCGAAGAGAGUUUCAGGAGACAGGACAUGGGCUCGCGGAAGACUUUAUGUGAAAUCGAGGAACUCAGAGUCGAAAACUAAUGACACAACAGAGAAACCGACUAGUUCUAGCUUCUUGUCUGUUCUCUGUCCAUUGCUUAAAUUUUUCUCCGGAGGUGACCCUUCUCAACAGCGGAAUCAUACUCUGGAGGUCGCAACUUCUUCAUUAGCAUCUGUUGCAAGACUUCCAUGGGGAUCUCGUGUAUCAUCUGGGAGCAUAGUUAACCAUGAUGUUUCUCCUAACCCUCCUUUGCCAUUGCAGCUUUAUGAAUUUGAGGCAUGCCCCUUUUGCCGGAGGGUGCGGGAAGCCACGACUGAGCUAGACCUUUCUGUAGAAGUUUAUCCUUGUCCUAAAGGAUCUGUAAGACACAGAGAAAUAGUUAGGAGAUCCGGCGGAAAAGAAAUGUUUCCGUUCCUUAUUGACCCGAAUACUGAUACGUUAAUGUAUGAGAGUGGUGACAUCGUAAAGUACCUAUUUAAUCAAUAUGGAAAUGGCAGAGCCCCUUCCACAGGACUUCUGGAAAGCACCUUGUUCACUGGAUGGAUGCCAACACUUCUCCGAGCAGGUAGAGGAAUGUCAUUAUGGGACAAGGCUCCAAUGGAUCCGCCACCUAAAAUGCUCGAGCUCUUCUCUUACGAAAACAACUCGUAUGCGCGGUUGGUGCGUGAAGCACUGUGUGAGUUGGAGCUCCCCUAUGUAUUACAUAACAUUGGAGAAGGGUCCACACGGAUGAGAUCACUUCUUAAUGCUUCAGGAGCCAAUAAGGUUCCAUUCUUGGUUGAUCCAAACACUGGUGUCCAAUUAGGUGAUUACCAGAAGAUUCUGGCUUACCUCUUCAAGACUUAUUCUACAGCAGCAUCUGCAUAGUGCAUAGUCAGACCUAUACACCAUUACUCCCAAGGAUCAUUUGAUCAGGAUGAAUAGCUACAGAGAGGUCCGUUGAUGUAUAGAAUAGUGGUAAAUAUUGUAAAUCAAGAUUCAAUACCUGUCUGGUGUUGUGAUUUUGCUAUCAGAUUCUUCUCUUUCAAGCAUCAGUUUGGUAAC